AUGGGCAUAUUGUUCCGAAUUGUGGUAAUUAGACUAUCAAAUAGACUAUCGAUGAAUGCAUGCAGCGUAUCGCAUCCGUCACAAACAAAGCGUUGCAAGGAAGCGGAGAUAGUGAAAUGUAAAUUGACUGCUUUAAUUGAUACAGAUAGCGAUUUAACUUUAAAGAGAGCAGAUUAAUAUAUUAAAGUAGGAGCGCCGAAAUUAAGUAGUAAAAUUAUAAUAUUCCGCGAUGUCGAUUCUAAGAGUAAUAGUAUUUUGGGAGAGUUCGCAACAGAAGUAACAGUAGAUAACACGUCGUAUUUAAUGACAAUUCAUCUAGUGUCAGAUAUUUUAAUACAGCACGCACUAAUCGUUAGCAGGGAUUUUCUAACUACGUUGAACUGA